UGGAAUCGCCGAGGGCCCGCCCGUCGGGUGCUGUGCAUUUAAAUCAGUUAGUUUGUGAGUGGAACGGUGGAUUUACGGGUCACUAACUUUUAUGAUAAGUUGAGUGCGAACGUCCAUUCUGUUCAAGCGGCGCCGUCCCUUGUUCCUGAAUUGUACGAGCAUAAGGAUUAGUUUUCGUGCACGUAAAUCGCGCCUUUAAACGCUUGAGGUAUUCAGGAUGAUAUUAAUUCCUGCUCUGCGUCUGGACUGUUAACCUGGUCAAGCUUCGGUCCUCUCGACUCUAGAGCGUUCGGUUUUAAGGCGCAGGCGGCGGCCGACUCCCAGGCGGGCCGCAGCACCGUCAUCAGCAUGGCGGCCGAGUCCCGCGGCCACCGGCGCUCGGCCGCGGCCGGCGCGCGCAACGGCCGCGCCCGCCACCACCCGAUGGACAUCGGCCUGGUGAAGGUGGCCGAGCGCGAGGAGCGCGAGGGCCUGGUGCUCUGGCGGCGGCCCGUCACCACACUGCACUACUGCUGCCGAGAGCUGCUCAUCGAGACAGCUCGUCUGCUCAGGAAACUCUGGAGGAACCGGCUAGCUGUGGUACUGGUGCUGAUGCUGGCGGCGCUGGCCGUGGUGGUGUACUACACGGAGGGCGAGCACCAGCAGCUGAUCGGCCGGGCCGAGAAGCAGCUGCUGUGGUGUCUGUACUGGGUCGGCCUGGGCGUGCUGAGCUCGGUCGGCCUGGGCACGGGGCUGCACACGUUCCUGUUGUACCUGGGUCCACACAUCGCCGCCGUCACGCUCGCCGCCUACGAGUGCGACUCGCUCGACUUCCCUGAGCCGCCUUACCCGGAGCAGAUCGUGUGCCCUCCGGAGUCUGCCGCCGCCGAUGCCGUCGCCGAUGCCGCCGCCGCCGCCGCGGCGCCAGUCACCAUGUGGGCCGUGAUGUCGAAGGUGCGGCUGGAGGCGUUCAUGUGGGGCGCCGGCACCGCGCUCGGCGAGCUGCCGCCCUACUUCAUGGCGCGCGCCGCCCGGCUCUCCGGCGUCGAGCCCGACGACGAGGACUUCGAGGAGUUCGAGGAGCUGCGCAAGAAGAAGAACGCCGGCGACUUGUCGCUACUAGACCGCGCCAAACUCGGCGUGGAGCGGCUAGUGGAACGGGUCGGGUUCUUCGGUAUCCUGGCGUGCGCCUCCAUCCCGAACCCGCUGUUCGACCUGGCCGGCAUCACGUGCGGCCACUUCCUGGUGCCGUUCUGGACAUUCUUCGGUGCCACGCUCAUCGGCAAGGCGGUGAUCAAGAUGCACAUUCAGAAGAUGUUCGUGAUCGUGACAUUCAACGAGAGCCUGGUGGAGUCGGCCGUGGAGCUGCUGGGCCGCCUGCCGCUGGGCGACAAGGUGCAGGGCCCCUUCAAGGAGCUGCUCAGCAAGCAGAAGGAGAAGCUGCAUCGGAAGCCGGGCGAGGGCGCGGCACCGAGCUCGGAGAGCUUGCUGUCCGCCAUCUUCGAGAAAGUCAUCAUCAUCAUGGUUAUCUACUUUGUCGUGUCCAUCGUUAACUCCAUGGCGCAGAGCUACCACAAGCGGCUGCACCGGUCCAAGGAGCGUAAAGUGGCGAGGGACUAGCAAAGACUGCAACAUUCCGGCGCCGGCGGACGGGGCCGCGUGCUGGCGCGGCGCGGUCGACCCCGGCUGCUGCCGCUGUGA